CAUUCAAAAUUAAAUGCGAAGUUCGUGGACACAUUACCCUCCAAUUUUUAAACUUUCCUCAUUUUUUUUUUUCUUCAGAGACAAAAAGAAGGCUCCGAUCAUAGCCACCAACAAACCUCACGUCCAUGGCAACCAAGUUCUUGGCUCUCUGCAAUCGCAACGAGAGCCGGGGCGACCUCUCUCCCCGGCCCCACUAUCCCUCCAUGCCAAAGUACCCCAAAGGUGUGGUGGGUGAGGAGACCAGCCUGGCGGCCGCAGCCGAGGCUAAGGCCCUGUUCUCUGUCAUGGGCAUGACGUGCUCUGCCUGCGCCGGAUCGGUCGAGAAGGCGGUCAAGAGGCUCCCGGGGAUUCGCGAGGCCGUUGUCGACGUCUUGAACAACCGGGCGCAAGUCAUGUUCUUUCCCAAUUUUGUUAGCGCGGAGAAUAUUCGUGAGACGAUUGAAGAUGUUGGAUUCCAAGCCACGUUGAUCAAUGAUGAGGGAAAUGAGAAGUCCAUAUUGAUAUGCAGAAUUCGGAUAAAGGGAAUGACUUGCACUUCUUGUUCUACUACUGUUGAAUCCGCUUUACAGGCAGUUCAUGGUGUACAAAAAGCCCAAGUUGCCUUAGCAACUGAAGAAGCAGAUGUUCACUAUGAUCCAAAGGUUGUGAGCUACAACCAGCUGUUACAAACCAUUGAAGACACUGGAUUCGAAGGCAUACUUAUUACUGCAGGGGAAGACAUGAGCCGGAUAGAGCUUGAAGUUGAUGGUGUAAGGACGGAUCGCUCAAUGAGAAUACUUGGACAGUCUCUUCAAGCACUCCCUGGUGUGCAAACUAUAGACUUUGAUUCUGAAAUCAAGAAAAUCUCUGUUUCUUACAAAUCAGAUAUGACAGGGCCAAGAAAUUUCAUUAAUGUGAUUGAAACAACCGGGUCCAGGCGUUUCAAGGCAAAGAUUUUUCCAGGAGGUGAAGCAGGAAGAGAUAGUCAUAGAAAGGAGGAAAUUAAGCAGUAUUUUGGAGUCUUUCUGUGGAGUUUGGUUUUCACUAUUCCGGUGUUUUUAACCUCCAUGGUGUUCAUGUAUAUUCCUGGAAUUAAGCAUGGCCUAGAAACUAAAAUAGUGAAUAAUCUCAUGAUUGGGGAGCUCAUGAGGUGGAUUCUGGCCACUCCGGUGCAAUUCAUUAUAGGCCGGAGGUUCUAUACUGGGGCGUACAAAUCACUACUCCAUGGUUCUGCAAAUAUGGACGUGCUCAUUGCAUUAGGAACAAAUGCAGCCUAUUUUUAUUCAGUCUACUCGGUACUGAGAGCUGCUACCUCUCCAGAUUUUAUGGGUACUGAUUUCUUCGAGACUAGUGCCAUGCUUAUUUCAUUCAUUCUUCUUGGAAAGUACCUAGAGGUAUUAGCUAAAGGGAAGACAUCAGAUGCCAUUGCCAAACUGAUGGACUUGGCACCUGAAACAGCAACAUUAUUGACACUAGACGAAGAAGGAAUUGUGAUAAAUGAAGAGGAAAUUGAUAGUAGGUUGAUACAAAAGAAUGAUAUCCUUAAAAUUAUUCCUGGGGCGAAAGUAGCUUCGGAUGGUUAUGUUACAUGGGGGCAAAGCCAUGUUAAUGAGAGUAUGAUAACGGGCGAAGCACGACCAGUCGCAAAAAGAAAGGGUGAUUCAGUCAUUGGAGGUACUUUGAAUGAGAACGGUGUCCUACAUAUCAAGGCAACUAGGGUUGGUGCAGAAAGUUCCCUUUCUCAAAUUGUACGGCUUGUUGAGUCAGCUCAGAUGGCCAAAGCUCCUGUACAGAAAUUUGCUGACCGCAUUUCCAAAUACUUUGUGCCACUGGUGAUCCUACUUUCAUUCUUGACCUGGCUUUCCUGGUUUUUGUCUGGAAGAUACCAUGGCUACCCUGAAUCUUGGAUACCAUCUUCCAUGGAUAGCUUUGAGCUUUCUCUCCAGUUUGGAAUCUCUGUCAUGGUUAUAGCAUGCCCUUGUGCUUUAGGCCUAGCAACUCCCACAGCUGUCAUGGUUGGAACCGGAGUAGGUGCAUCUCAAGGUGUAUUGAUCAAAGGAGGCCAAGCAUUAGAAAGUGCACAUAAGGUGAACUGCAUUGUGUUCGACAAGACAGGGACUCUCACAAUUGGAAAGCCAGUGGUUGUUAACACACGACUCCUGAAAAAUAUGGUGCUGCGAGAAUUCUAUGAACUUAUUGCUGCAGCUGAGGUGAACAGUGAACACCCGUUGGCUAAGGCCAUUGUUGAGAACGCCAAAAAGUUCAGAGAAGACGAAGAGAAUCCUGCCUGGCCAGAAGCAAAAGACUUUGAAUCCAUUACUGGUCAUGGGGUGAAGGCCAUUGUUAGGAACAAGGAAAUAAUUGUUGGCAACAAGAGCUUGAUGGUGGAGCGUAACAUUGCGGUUCCAAAAGAUGCAGAAGAGAUACUUGCAGAAGCUGAAGGACUCGCUCAAACUGGGAUUUUAAUAGCUAUAGAUGGAAAAAUAGCUGGAGUUCUGUCCAUAUCUGAUCCACUGAAACCAGGUGCUCAAGAAGUAAUUUCCAUACUGAAGUCUAUGAAAAUUAGAAGCAUAAUGGUGACAGGAGACAAUUUGGGAACUGCAAAUUCUAUCGCUAAUGAAGUUGGAAUUGAGACCGUUAUAGCAGAAGCCAAACCCGAUCAGAAAGCAGAGAAAGUGAAGGACUUGCAGGAUAAUUCCGGCUACAUUGUGGCAAUGGUGGGAGAUGGAAUCAAUGACUCACCAGCACUUGUGGCAGCGGAUGUAGGAAUGGCAAUUGGUGCAGGAACAGACAUUGCCAUUGAGGCAGCUGACAUUGUUCUAAUGAAAAGCAACUUGGAGGAUGUGAUAACUGCGAUUCACCUUUCUAGGAAAACUUUCACCCGUAUCCGUUUGAACUACAUUUGGGCUUUGGGAUAUAACGUUCUUGGCAUUCCAAUAGCUGCAGGAGCCCUUUUCCCAUCUACUGGAUUUCGUUUACCACCAUGGAUUGCUGGAGCUGCAAUGGCUGCUUCUUCUGUCAGCGUUGUUUGCUGCUCUCUGCUGUUGAAGAAUUAUAAGAGGCCGAAGGUUCUGGACAACUUGGAGAUACGCGGAAUAAGUAUUGAGUGAUUGAUUAGGAGCUUUUUAAUUCUGUUGUGAGUACGCGUGUAGGACUCAAGUUCGAGUAAUUUGAGUAGUGGUUUGGCUGCAGUAGCAAAUAUGUAAUAAUAUAGGUUGUUUACAUAUGUUCUGUAUAUAUAAACCUAUACGGGUGCAAGUUUCGUUAGAACACAUGA